AUGAAGCAGAAGUUAGAUGAAGAGGGUAACAAGUGCAGCAUCCUUUCCAAGCAGCAGAAGUUCAACGAGCACUGCUGUAUUCGCUGCUGUUCCCCUUUCACAUUUCUUAUCAACAGCAAGCGACAGUGCCAAGACUGCAAGUACAACAUCUGCAAGAGCUGCAGUUCUUACCAGAAGAAGGAGAAGGCUUGGAUUUGCAGCGUCUGCCAGCAAGCAAGGUUCCUAAGGACCCAGUCUCUGGAUUGGUACUACAAUAAUGUGAAAAGCCGCUUUAAGUGUUUUGGAAGUGCCAAAGUCCUGAAAAACUUGUACAAGAAGCAUAGACUGGAGAGCGGAGUUUGCCCUGAUGUAAUAGAAGGAGGUUUUUUUGAAGGAAGCUUUGAAAAUGAAGGAAGCAUUUGUGGCAGUGACUCUACGUUCUACCGACAGACAGAAGGACACAGCAUGAUGGAUACCCUUGCUGUGGCCUUACGUGUUGCAGAGGAAGCGGUGGAAGAAGCUAUUUCUAAGGCAGAGACCUACAGUGACAGCCUGGACAAGCAGAACGAGGCUUGUUACUUGCAGGAACACAAGGAGGACCUCAUAGAAGAGCUGGCCACAACCAUCGUGCAGAAGAUUAUAAAGAAGCAGAAAAGCAAAACUGAGCAGGCUGAGGCUGACUUUGAAUGGCCAGCAUCCAGGAGCAGUGGCCUGGCCUCUGUUGCUGUCUCAGAUCAAAGUAUGCUGACUUUUCCAGGGAGCCGCAGGGGGUCCUACACGUUAUGGAGGUCUCAGUCUGCAUUCUCCCUGGCUAGUGAAGACAUGCCCAGUAAAGGACUAGACCCUGCGUCAGCUGUGACUGAGGCUCUUUGGAGGCAGCCAAAAGGACAGUUGAGGAAACAGAAGGAACGCAAGCUCUCUGCAUUACCCAGCUGGAAGAGUGUGGACAGGCUAAAUGAAACAAAUCCACCUUCUGUUUUUCAAAGCACUGACGGAAACUGGGUAGCUUUGCAGAAUGUCACUUUGCCUCGUCCUCGAAUGCUUGCCAAACCAAAGAGUCAAGUGUUUAAAGCUUUGGAGAAUGAAUCCAGCAUUGUGUCUGCCUAUGACGAGAUGGGCUCAGACAGUGAGGAUGACUACGACUGGAAUGUGGCCUUGAACAAGCUGCGUCAGAGACCUCGGCAAUUAGCAGAUGAUUUCUAUUAUACCAAUUCCCAGUAUGGUCCUGAAUGGGUUUAUGGCGAUGAUCAGUACCAGGCAGUAACCUCCCCUUCCUCUGGGUUAUAUACUAAUACUGAGACACUGUUCUCCGAUUCAGAAACAUCUUCAGUAAACUCUUCCCAGGAAGCUAAAGGACCUAGCAAAUUUCUCUGGUUACAAAGUAGAACUCAAAGUGAUAUGCCCAGAAUGGAAAAAAAACAUUUCCACGGAGAACUGGAUGUAAAUUUCAAUCCACAGGCAACCAGCUUGGAGUACUCAGACAGCAGUGAGACUGAAGAAGUCCAUUACGAUUUAGAAAAGAGGUCAAAAAGGUGGAGGAAGAAAGCCAUAUCUGAAGAACUAUGUGAAGAAAAAAAUCGCACAAAAGUCCACAAGAUGAAUUUAAGUCAGGAUUUCGAUGAUUUAUCAGAAACAGAUAUAAGCAGUGAGGAUCAGCACCAUAAUAUCAAGCCUGACCUUAUGGAGGAGGAGCUUAAAUCCAGGUUAUUUCAGCUUGCUGCUAAAAUGAGUGACAAGGAAACAUCUUCUGGUGAAGAACAAGAGUCAGAACCUAGAACAGACCCUGAAAACCAGAAGGAGAGUUUGUCCUCAGAGGAAAAUGGCAGAAGUAUUCAGGAAGAGCUGAAGAAGAAGUACUCUGCUGUCUCUCUCUGCAACAUAUCUACAGAAGUCCUGAAAGUCAUCAAUGCCACUGAAGAACUGAUAGCAGAAUCCACCAGUCCCUGCGAUUUCCCAGCUGACAUUCAGGACAGAGGAAGAGGGACCUUCCCACUGGGGACCGACCCCGUCAGACUGGAUGAGCAGCUCACCACACUGGAAGAAAAUGUAUACCUGACAGCCAGCACGGUGUACGGCCUGGAGGGGCAGCUGACCAACCUGGAAGACGCCGCACGCAAGAUCAACAGUGUCACUGCAGAAUCUGAGCUGGCUGAUCUGGAGGAUCAGGUGGCCACAGCAGCCGCCCAGGUUCAUCACGCGGAGCUUCAGAUUUCAGAUAUUGAGAGCAGAAUAUCAGCUCUCAGUGUUGCAGGCUUGAACGUGGCUCCAUGUGUUCGCCUGACAAGGAAACGGGAUCAAAAGCAAACAAACCAGAUGCAUACAAUAGACACAUCAAGACAGCAGAGGAGAAAACUUCCAGCUCCACCAAUAAAAGGUGAAAAAAUAGAUGGUUCUCCAGUUACCACUGUCAGAACGUUUAACAGAAAUUUCAUGCUUCAAGGAUCUCUAACACAAAGAACUAAAGAGAGGAAAAGCACUGCCAAGGACUUAAUGGAACCUGUUGUAGGAUCUGCUGUGAUGUACUAA